AUGUUUAAAAACUUUGGAUCAGGUACAGGUGGAAAUUUCGGCAAUCAACAACAAACCACACCUUUAUUUGGAGGAAAUACAUCAACACCACCAUUUGGAGGAGGUUUUGGAGCUGGAAGCUCUACAAACACAACAACAAGUGGUUUUGGUGGUGGUGGGGGGUUUGGUACACCCUCUGCAAAUACAUCAACAGGGUUCACUUUUGGAGGCGGCGCAACAACACCUUCAACAAAUCUAUUUGGUGGCUCAACAGGUUUCGGUACCGGGAAUGCAUUAGCUACAACAUCGUCAAAUCCCCUUUCAUAUCUUCCAGCAAGUGGCACUUCAAAUCCACCGUAUACUACUACCAACGAAAGGGAUCCUGCUGGACCAUUGAAUGUUUUUCAUAGCAUUAGUGCUAUGCAAAGCUAUAAAAAUUAUUCAUUUGAGGAAUUAAGGCUUGCUGAUUAUAAUAUAGGCCGAAAAUUUGAUGCUCAACGAAGUGGUUUUGGUAUAGGUCCUGGAACUACAUCUGCAUUUGGUGCUCCAACAACUCAACCAACUGUUUUUGGUGGUUCUAGUUCAACAACAGGAUUUGGUGGUUCAACAACAGGAUUUGGUGCACAAAAUACUGGUUCAUCGACUUUUAGCUUUGGUGCUCAACCAGCUGCUCCUAGUACACUUGGUGGAUUUGGUACCGGAAACACUCCUUCUACAAAUAAUUUAUUUGGUAGCAAUAAAUUUGGAGUUGGAACGGGUACUACUGGGUUUGGAGCCACAACCCCCACAACUGGAUUUGGUGCUACUGCUCCUGCUGGUGGUACAACUGGAUUUGGAGCUUCUAGCAGUAAUCCUUUUGGCAGUAGUUUAACAACAAAUACGUCACAAGCGCCGUUAUUUGGUGCAAAGCCUCAAACAUCUACUACCACGUCUGCAUUUGGAUCAACAAAUACUGGAUUUGGCUCGUUGAAUACUCAAAAUCAAAAUACAUCUUCAUUUGGAUUUGGUGGUGCUAAACCAGCUGCUACUGGUGGUUUUGGUACUAGUACUACUACACCUACUUUUGGCGCAGGAUUUGGUGCUUCUGCAGCUACUAACACAACAGUUACCACUCCAUCUACUUUAAAUUUGGGAUUUGGAGCUGCUACAAAACCAACUACUGCAUUUGGAUUUAAUACAAGUGGUACUAAUAGUUUAGGAGCUUUUGGAAAUACCCCUGCUACUAAUACGAGCACUUCAUUAUUUAGCAAUAUCAAUCCAACUGCUACUUCAACUGCAACUAAUACUACUGGCUUUCCUUCAUUAAAAUUACCUAGUACGACUAAUACUAGUUUUGGAAUUGGAUCUGGUUUGAGUACAAUGCAAUUUAUGGAUUAUACUGUCGAUAACAUGCUGGAACCUUCGGAUGAGUUUAAUAAAGGCUACCAAAAACCAAACAGCACUACUUGGAAUAAAGUGCUAACCAGUACGACUAAUACUAGUUUUGGAAUUGGAUCUGGUUUGAGUACAAUGCAAUCCCAACAACCUACUAAUACUAAUAGUUUAGGUUUAAGCGGCUUUGGAUUUGGCUCCGGUACUAGCGGUAGUGUUGGUAAUACCAGCUCUUUGUUUGGUCAACAAAAUCAAAUCCCUAAUCUUCAAACAACUGUUGAUAAAUCACCUUAUGGCGACAUUUCUAUUUAUCAAGGCACCACUAAUGCUGCUACUGGCGGUGGUGCUUCAUCACUUAGUUCUAUAUCCUCAUCAUCAAUAAGACCUAAUUUAACUCCGACGCCUAUUUCACCAACUGUUAAAAAAAAGGGGCCAACAACAAUUCAUCAUAAAAUAACACCUAAACCUGGUUCAAAAAUGCAAUUACCCGGGUUUAAAGCUCCCCCAUUUAAAGGUUUUUCAGCACCAGAACCAAAAUCUUUUCACUUUUUUGAUCAUAAUAUCAAUCAAGAUGAUGUUUUAAGUCCUGAAGCAUUUGUAAAACGUGGCUCCAGAACAUUGGUUGCUAAUAAAGUUAUCAAUCCUAUAGAAUUAACUAACAACAGCAAGUCUGAUUCAAAUAACAAACAUGACGAAAACAUUCUCAUCAUUCCUCAAACAAAUGGUAAUACAACAAAAACCACAAAAACAGCAAAUACCACGACAUCGACAUCAGCGCUGGCAUCUACAAAUACAACAACGCCAAUAAAAAAAUCGGUAACAUUUGAUGCAAAACUUGAAUCAUCAGCAAAAAUCACACCUCAUUCCUUUAGCCCUACACAUUUCAGACAAGUAACACCUCCACCUGCUAGUAAAUUAAUUCCUGAAAAUCAAGACACGCCUUUAAAUACACCCUCCCGAUCACCUUUGCUAAAGCCUCUACAACCAUCUUUGCAGCAAUCUACAUCUUCAGGGAAAAAUAAGAAUGAUAAUUAUGACGGAUACUAUAAUAAAGCUACUCGUCAGCCAAUCAAAGAUCCAAUAGAUCCUCGAUACCAACAGCGUAUUCUCAGGUUGAAGGAUCGACCUAACACAAAAUUCAUUACUUACGUGCCAGAAACAGGUAGCUGGGUUUUUGAAGUACAACAUUUUACUACUUAUGGCCUUGAGUAUGAAUCUGAUGAUGAUUUGUAUGAAGUAAAGCCUUACCAACCAAUAAAAAGAAAAUCAAAUUAUAUGGAGGGGAUGGAACAUAAUCAAAUAAACAAAAAAGAAAAAAAAGGAUUAUAUCAACUUGAUCAACUUGCAGAAAAUUUAGGAGACAUUGAAUCAAUGAGAAAUAUUAUAUUUUCAACAGUAGAUAAUGAAAUUUCAGACGAUGCUGACUUAGAUAGUGAAAUGAUUGUUGAUUAUGAGCAAGAUAGCUGUAAUACGAGUACUCAAAAAAUUCAUUUGGCAGGUGAAAGUCCAUUAAUUCCUCAUUUUCCAUUCACGCAAAUUGGAUGCCUGCCUUAUCAACAGUCAACUAUUUAUCAAAAAAAUCUUUAUAAAAAAAAUGCUCGUUCAUUAUUGUCUCAUUCUUUCAAAGUUAGUUGGGGUCCCAAUUUUACAUUAGUAAAAAUAACAGAUAAGCGAGCCAAAACAACAGUACUAGAUAUUCCAUCAUCGUCGUCAUCAGCUUUCAGCUUUUUAGACAAAAAGAAAAAGAAUCACGAAAGUUCAUCAUCAAAUAAUAAAUUACUAUUUCAACCUAUGAAUAUUGUUAGGAUUAAUGAAGUUUUAUUAUUCCCUAGAGAUGAAAUGAAUGAGGCAAAAGAAAUACACAUCAAACAAUUAGAACAUUUAUUUAACAAUUCAACAUUUGAACAAGCGGAUAACGUACCUUGCGUUGAUUUAAAUCCUUCAAUCAAAUUUUCCAGUUUUUAUGACAUUUUAUCAUCAUCAAGUUAUAAUGAUAGUAACAACAAAAAUAUCACAUCUGUUCGUCAUGAGAUUCAAACAUGGAAUCUUGCACAUAUUUUAUGGGAUAUUGAUGAUGACAAUUUACCCGACAAAUUACUUUUAAAAACAAAAAGACAAUUUUUAUCAAAAUGGUUUGAGCAAGCGGCAGAUCCAUACGUGAAAAGAGAUUUGGUUAAUGAAUUUCCCACCGAUUGUUCUACAGCUGAUGAAUAUUUCCGAUAUAUAUUCAUUCUACUUUCUGGUCAUCAACUUAAACAGGCUACUUUGAAAACAAUAAAAAUUAAUUCUUUUCUUGCAACAUUGUUAUGUCAGGUUGGUGGCUCUCCACAAUUUAGGAAUUAUAUUGGUGAACAAAUUAAAAUUUGGAAAAAAUUCGUAACAAAGACCGAUUAUGAAAAUAACUCUUUGUUAAGGUUAUUUUACUUGAUGCAAGGUGCUUCGAUACCAGAAAGUCUUCCAGAUCAUGUAAAUUUGGGAUGGGUUAGACUACUUGGAAUGUUUUUUUGGUAUGGCCUGUUAAAUAAUCAACCGUUUGAAGCGGCACUUGAUCAAUAUGAAGAGGCACAACAAAAUUCAAUUGAAUUCCAAAGCAAGAUUAUUCCUGAACCAUUAGCGUGGUAUAUUCAAGAUGAUGACAAUGACUCUUGGUCAUCCUUUAAAGAUUCAAGUCGAGUAUUUGAUGCACAAUAUCAUCUAUUAAAAAUAAAUAUUGAUAGUACUUAUACUCUAGAAGAAAGUCUACUUCCAAGAUCAUUUACACGUUCACCAUUGGAUUAUCGUUUAACCUGGAUGUUUCAUGCUAUGUUAGCACGUAUUAAACGUAAACGAGACUUUGUUGAAGGGAGUUACAUGUCAGAUGCAAUGACUUUAAAUUUUGUUUCUCAAAUAGAACAAUUAGGUAUUUGGAAAUGGGCAUUAUAUAUUUCGUUAUUUUUGAAUGAACCACAUACUCGUGAAAAGGCUAUAAAAGAUAUAUUAAAUCGUAAUAUUCCAAAAACAUCAAUGGAUCAACUAUCAAGUAUUGAACAAUUUGCAAUUGAACAUUUAAAAAUUCCAAAAGAAUGGUUUGCAGAAGCCAAGGCCUUGUAUUCCAAAUAUAAUAAUGAUAAAAUAAAAGAAGUCAUGUAUUUACUUGAGGCCAACAAUAAUUUGGAUGCUCAUACAAUAGUUUUAACUGAAUUAGCACCUUCUUAUUUUUUAGAAAAAAAUUAUAAAGAACUUGGAAUAUUGCUUGAAAAAAUUAAAAAGGUUGAUUUACAUGAUUCGAUCUGGGAAAAUGGUUGCAAGUUUUAUUUAAAUUUUUUAAACAACAUUCUUCCAUAUCUAACCGAGAUGACGGAAAUAAAAGAUUUGGGUGAAAUUGAAAAACGAGAAAUUGAUAAAGAUAUAGUAGAAAAAGUUAAAAAAGAUUGUCAAGAGUUUUUAAAUGACCUGAACACAUUUUUUAAUUUUUUAAGUAACAAUAAAAAACGGUGA